AUGUCAGACAGAACAAUACGGCGGCGGCUGGAUUCUUCGGAUCGGCAGAUCACGCCGCCGCCGGCGCAGCUGCCGGACGACCUGAUCCACUACAGCAUCCUCGCCCGCCUCCCCUUCCGGCUGCUCCUCCGCCUCGCCCCCGUCUGCAAGGCGUGGCGCCACCUCAUCCUCCACGACCCCGUCUUCGCCCCCGUGCAGGCGCAGUGCCCCUCGCCGGCCUCCGGCGUCCUCGCCCGCUUCCACCAGGGCCGGCUCGAGGUCCUCACCCCCGGAGCCGCGGCCGCCUCCGUCGCCCCGCCGGAGGCCGGCCUCUCCUUCUUGCCCGUCGUCGACGCGCACCGGCAGCACCUCCGGCUCUGCUCCACCACGAGCGGCCUUCUUCUGGUCACCACCGGCAGCACCUUCUGGGUCGUCAACCCCGCGACCCGCGCGUUCCGUGAGAUCCCCUACGCCGGCGAGGGCGCCUUCAGGGCGUGCCUCGCGUACGACCCGGCGACGGCGCACCAGGAAAGCUACCACCUCGUCGUCCCCGCCCGGGUAAACAUGGAGCUGUGGAGGUUCUGGAUCUUCUCCUUCUCGUCGCUCUCGCGCGGAUGGCGCGCGUCAUGGGCGACCGUGCGGAUGCCGCCGUACGGCGGUGUGCAGCCCAAGGCUUUACAACUGGGCGGGCUCUCGUACUGGCUUUGCAACCGGGGCGACGUGCUCUGGUACAACUACGGCGCCGACGCGGCGGGCAAGCUGCCGCCGCCGCCGCAUGGGAAGAAGAGGCCGUCCUCCCUGGUCGACGGAGGAGGGUACAUGGAGGGCAGCAGGGAGCUGGUGGCGUGGCGCGGGAGGAUCGCGAUGGUGUCAGCGAGCCCCACCCUGCUGGCCGUGUGGGCGCUGUCGUCGUCGCCCUCCUCGGGCAAUGCCUCGCUGACGCGGUGGGAGAUGGUGCACCGGAGGAGCUGGGACGAAAUCCCUGGCAUGGCGCCCCCCGCGUCGCGCUUCCUGUGGUCGGUGGUGCCGGCGGGAGUGGACGUCGGCGCGGAGGUCUUGGGCCUGGCGGUGCGGAUCGGGUACAGGCAGCGCCGCGGCCACGGCGUGGGUGGUGGUGUUGACAACGAGAAUGUGUGGCGUCGCGAGGUGUUGCGGUACGACAUGCGUACCGACGCCACGGCCACGGUGGCGGAACUGGUCGGCAGGGAGAAGCACGACGACUUCGUCGUCUUCGGCUACCACUCCAGCAUGGCGCCAUUGUACUAGCAGCUAAUUAAAACCUCUCCAUCUCCAUCUCAAGGUUUUUUCUGACAGUAAUUUGAUGGAACUCGAUCAUCGCAGGUACUCAUGGUAUUCUGGAUAUUUCACUUUUCAGCUAUCUAUCUA